CUAUCCCAAUCGUGGUCACAACUUUCUGGACGAAGAGGACACAGUACUGGAGGAUGAACUGCCUGUCGGAAGUUUGCCAUGGCCUGAAGGGCGUGAGAAGACGGAGCUCAAUCGCUCUUCAAAUCUUGGUUUGGGCGAAAACCGUCUCUUUGACGAAUCUGUUGAUUCGGGCGCAAAAGACCGGAUAAGUCUUGACUUACCCUUGAAACUGCUAGACCCUACCUCAGCGGUUGCCAACCGAGCCGUUCAGUCGUUUGAUCAUCGUGGAGAUGCCCACAAUGACCGGCUGAGCGAGCGAUCCGUGAAGUUGCUGCGGGCAAAAGCGGCAUUUCUCAACCGAGUAACCGUUUUCCUGCUUGACUGUUUUGCCAGAAACUCGGCACGUUGGCAUGAG